AUGCGAGUGCGGACGCGGCGGGAGGGGGUGGAUGACAGUUUCACGGCUGCUGGGCCACUUGGCGAUCUCGCGCGUAUCUGUGUGACGCCGCAAGCUGCGGGGCCUGCGGCGCCCCACGUGGCGGUGUUUGGCUCGAUCCAGUACAACGUUCGUAUUCGCUCCCGUACUGCGUUUCUCUUGCGCGGCCUCGCGGCGUGGCGUGGCUGGCCGCCCGAGGAAACCGCCGGCACCGCGGACAGUUGCGCCCUUGCCGAUCGUGACGUGGCGAGUGCGGGUGACGCCCCGCGUUGCGGCGGCGGCGUCGACACGCUGCCGGCUGCAGGGGCGGAGGUGCGUGCUGCCCACGCACGUGCCGAGGACGAGGUGGACCGCCACGACGCGCUCGUCGAGCUCGCGCACGCGUUGGGGGAGGCCUUCCACCGGCGUGAGGCCUCCGCGGGCGCCGACGACGCCGAUGGCCUCGGCUGGUCGCUGCUGACGCCGCAGGUGGCCCGCGAGCUCCCCGCGCGCUGGCUGAUGCAUAGCCUGAACGAAACGACAGAGGUGCGGGCGAGCCGCGACACCGUGACGCUUUUGGACCGUGGCGCGCCUGUUCGCCUCCGCCGCGGCGACGCCACGCCGUACACCGUGGCGGACGUGGCCGACAUGGCAGGGGGGGAGUACUGGGUGGACAUUGCGGCGGCGACGGGCGAGCGCAGCCGCGUGGACCGCGACGACGUCGUCCUGCAGCCGCCGAAGCCGGUGUACUUUGACCCACUGCUCCCCGCCGACGAGCUGAACGGCCCCCGCGGCACGUCAUCGUGUCUCUUCCUUGCGGCCACGCUCGCGUUGCGGCGGGCGCGCCUCCCACGCGAUGCGAUGCAGGCGGAAGUGGGCAGCAUGCAGGGGUUUCCAAGGAAAGUGUCGGUGCGCAUGGGCCAACGCGCGUGCGAGCUUCGAAAAAGGCUGAGUGCGCGGCGUCUGGCGCGACGCUCCUGCGUUGCUGCGCCGGCCGUGACGUCGUUGCGACCUUUGGAGGUGCGAAUGAUGCACGACUGUGUGACGCUGCGCUUCGCGGGGCGGACGGUAGAGGUGCUGCAGCGGGCUCUCGAGCGGCUGUCGAUGUUGUGGGACACACGUCUGCAGAGAGAGUGGGACUGUGGCGGCGUCAAUGGGGGCGGUGCGGCGUCGGCACGGGAGCUGUGGCGGUGCGCCGUGGCGCGGCAGGCAACCACGGCUGAUGUAGUGCACACUUUCACGACAUCGGAGCCUUUUUUCCUCUCUGCCUUCACCACGCUGCUGCGUUACCGCUCGCUGCUUGGUGACAUGGGCUACAACCAAGGCCCACACGCCGCUAUCCCGCCGUCGGUCAUGCGAGAGCUGCACGACGCCUUUGAGGUGCACUGUGAGGCCUUCGCUAGCCCUCUCAAUGCCCAACUCCCGCUCUUCGGCUCUCUCUUUCCGGACACAGAUGCCUGCUUUGGCAGCCUUGGCUCCUUUUUCGACCUUGCGCUCGUUUCCGGUCACUACGAGGUGAACCCGCCCUUCGUCACCGCCGUGCUGCAGCGUCUAGAGACGUUCCUGCUGCGCGACGCGCUCGCGCGUCACGACGGUGCGGCUGACGCCCCGCUGCUGUUCGCCGUAGUGUUGCCGUCACACGACUUGGACGAGGCGGAGGCGGAGGCGGCGCCGCACGCCGCCCCAACCUCGCCGUCGCAGCGGCAACAGCGCCAGGCGACGAAUAAUAAACUCGGCACUACUGACGACACUAACCCCGGUGCUGGGGGGUGUUGUGCCGGUGGUGGCGGCGGCAGUAGUAUUAGUGGUGAUGGGGGCAGGGGGAAGCGGAAGCGCCCCGACGGUGGCAGUGAAAGGGUGAGCACGGAGCGGGCGCUGCGGGAGAGUUCGUUUUGCCUGGCCCACACCCUCUGCGCCGCCGCCGAGGCCGCGUACGUCGACGGCCACCAGCACCUCCUGCGGGCGCCAUUGUUCUGCAUCGGUACACCCACGCGACUGAUUGUAUUGGGGAAUCGCGCGGCGCGCCGUCGCUACGGCGAUGCCACCGAGAGGCUCACCGCCGUGAAGGAGACGUGGCGCCGCUACACGCUCGAAUCCAGGCUGGACCGGAGGAGCGGCGCCUGA